AGUAGAUUUAGGGUUUUGAUUAGCAGCUAUUGUAGAUCGUUAACUUGAAGCAGUAGAAGAUGCAGAUCUUCGUUAAGACUCUCACGGGGAAGACUAUCACCCUCGAGGUAGAGAGCAGUGAUACUAUCGAUAAUGUCAAAGCAAAGAUUCAGGACAAAGAAGGAAUCCCUCCGGAUCAGCAGCGAUUGAUCUUUGCUGGAAAGCAACUUGAGGAUGGCCGAACUCUUGCUGAUUACAAUAUCCAGAAAGAGUCCACAUUGCACCUUGUGCUGAGGCUUAGAGGUGGUAUUAUCGAGCCUUCAUUGAUGGCUUUGGCUCGGAAAUACAAUCAAGAGAAGAUGAUCUGCCGCAAGUGCUAUGCUCGUCUUCAUCCUAGAGCUGUGAAUUGCCGUAAGAAGAAGUGUGGCCACAGCAAUCAACUGAGGCCCAAGAAGAAGAUCAAGUAGAUCAUUCCAGUUUACAGUACUUGGUGCUUUAUUUAUGAACAAUGGUUGGUUAUUGUUGUUGGAUUGGAUAUAUAUUUGACCACAAUCAAGCACUCAUUUUGGUUUAUUUGAAAGAUCAGACAAACAGACAGAUUGACAAUAAUAUGUAUUUUGUGCUAUUUUCAUCACAACUCCCAUC